AUGCCGCCCCCUCCAGGCACUCCAACCGAACCGAGAAGCAUGCGCGGUGCACAACCCUCGUUCCCGCUGUCCAACCCUUCUUCCCACGCAAACUCUCCUGGUAAGAGAGAUAGGAAUGACAGCUUCGGCCAUCGCACGGACCGACCGCCCGCGACGGCCACCGACGGGGAUGUCAUCAUGGGCAACACGUCAGAGGCACAACGCAUGCCACCACCGCCACGGCCACCGACAACAGCCUUAGCAGCAGAGCCGCCCAUCCCGCGACUUCGCUCCCUCGCGCCCGCCAUCUUCGUGCCCAUCAGCAAGAUCCUACCCAGUGAGGAGGCCAUGGAGGAGUUCGUCGCGCUCGCCCGGACGGACCGCGUCGCGCAUAUGCGCAAGGCGCUCGAGCAGUGCGACCGGCACGCCGCCGCCGUGCGCGGCAACAUCCCCGCGCUGUUCCGCCGCGAGGACGCGCGCCUGAUGCAGGUCGCACGCGCCGAGGACGCCGCCGCCGGCUACGGCCGCGAAGAUCCCCGCUACGAUCCGCAGAUGCGGCACGGCGUCAGCUGGUGGCCUGCUAGUAAGGCGGAUAUGGAGAGAAUGAUCGCAAACAUGGCCGCGCCUGCACCGCCGCCGCCGCCGCCGCCGCCAGCCAAGCUCUCCUCCUCGGAUGUCGUCGCCAAGGUCCUGCACGCCGAGAGGGGAAGAUCCGGCAGCAGGGGCGGCACUCACGCUCCGGGAGACGUCAUCGGGCACGUGCCAGAGCCGAGCUUCACGCACAGACCGGUGACAACCCCGCGCGCACACGCCGCCCGCGAGGCCCUGAUGCUCGUUGGCAAGGCCACAGCGGAGCUACACGGCUACGACGCGCACAUCUCCGCCCGACGGGACGAGAGGCGACGCGCGCUCGACCGCGAGAUUGCGCAGCGGAGUCGCAGCCAGCCGCCGGUGGCGCGGGUGGCGCCGAUGGCUCCGAUGGGCAUAUCCGUGCGAGAGGCCGAGAUGGACCGGUCCGUGCGGCCGCCCACCUCCCACAACACCACCACCACCACGGACGACACGAAAGGACAGAGCGGUGGAGACGGUGAUGGUGAGCAGAAGCAGAAGACGACGCCACGAGGAAACGGCCGCCACAAGAGGAGCUGCCGCCCCUGA